UCUUCAUCACUCUCUUCUACACUCCAGGGUGAGACAGCCCUUCACAUUGCCUGCACAAAGGGGCUGGCGCCACUGGUGAAGGUCCUACUGGAGCGGGGAGCGAACCCGAAUGCGCAGACUGCAGAAGUGCCCCAGUCAACAACAUCUGCCCUGGCCCUGUACACCGAGGUAGACGAAGACGGCAACCCCAAAGCAGCACCUGUCGGCAAGCAGACACCGCUGCACCUGGCCAUAAUUCACAAGUAUGAGGAGAUCGUCAGUCUCUUUUUGGAGCACAAAGCCAAACACACAGCCAGUGAGGACACGACGGUGUUUGUGCCCAACUUCAACCUAAAGGACUCGGAAGGUCAGAGCGUCCUCGGCCUGGCCCUGUGGAACGGCCUGCACGGCACGGCCGUCAGCCUGCUGUCGGCCGGAGCGAACAUCAACGAGACCAACGUGGACCAGAUGACCCUCCUGCACCAGGCCCUCGACAAGCAGGACGUGGUCAGUGCCCUGUUUCUUCUCGACCAUCAGGCCGAUAUCUCAAUACCGACUCCUGAGGGUGACGCCCCUCUACAGCUGGCGAUCAAGCGCCAUCUUCCUGUCAUUGUGGAGGCACUGUGUGCCAGUGGCGUCAACAUGAACAUAGUGGACAAGGACAACAACUGUCCCCUUUGGCUGGCUUUGGAUUCUGGGCAGGAGGACAUUGCACACAUCUUGGUAAAACAUGGCUGUGACGUAGACAUGUGGGGGGAAGGCCCUGACGGAUGCCAGCAGAACCUACUCCACCAAGCCAUAGACGAGAACAAUGAAGCGGUUUCAUGCUUUCUCAUUCGUAGCGCUUGUGAUAAAAACAGCCCCAGAAGACCGGGGCCCAACGAAGAAGGAGGCGAAGAGGCCAGAGAUGGGCAGACACCUCUUCACUUGUCUUGUGCUUGGGGCUUGGAACUGGUGGUACAGUGUCUUAUGGAACACGGUGCUGAUGUCAAUAUCCAGGACGCUGAAGGUAACUGUCCCCUCCACAUUGCUAUCCAGAACCAGCACGCUGUCAUCAUUUCCCUGUUGCUUGCCCACCCUAAUCUUAAUCUGUCCCUGAAGAACAAGCAGGGGCUGAGCCCGUUUGCUGUUGCUAUGACGACCAAGGACAACAAGGCGGCGCAGGCCAUCUUAAACCGGGAACCCACGGCUGCCGAACAGACUGAUAACAAGGGCCGUAACUUCCUCCAUACAGCCAUCAUGAAUGGGGACAUUGAGAGUGUCCUCUUCCUCAUAAGCGUACAUGCUGAUGUGAACUCCCGCGUACAGGACACCCAACAGUAUACGCCACUGCACCUUGCUGUUUUGGCCCUUUCCGAAAUCAUAACACGUAAUCUGAUCCUGGCUGGUGCUGAUGUGAACGAACGUACACUGCACGGAGAAUCAGCCCUGCAUCUGUCGUCGAUGAACGAUAACCCCAGUCUGGUCACUGCCCUCCUUGAGAACGGAGUCGAGAUCAAUGCUGUCGAUGAAAACCAAAACAAUGCCUUACACAUUGCUGUUGCCCACGGCAACAUGCACACGAUACGAUGUCUGCUGACGGAGUCGACUAUCGAGGCCGAAGUACCGAAUGGAAAGGGUCAGAACCCUUUGCACAUCCUCUGCCAAUAUGGUAAAGACAAUGCAGCAGCAAUCUUUGAGUUGUUUCGAGAAGCAAUGCCUGAUUAUCCAAUCGACGCGCCAGACAUGGAAGGAAACAGCGCUCUCCUCUUGGCAUAUCUCAAUGGUAACGGUCCCGUAUGUAGGGCCCUGGUUCGGGCCAACGCCUGCCUUGGUUUAACCAACAAACACGGCUGCAGUAUUUUCAAUGCUACGGUUGCGUCUAAGCAACUUAUAUUUAAAUUACUCGACAUGUUGUCCAAAGAACCUCCGUGGUGCGACGGUGAAAAUUGUUUGGAGUGUGGGGUGAAGUUUGGGAUAAAAACACGGAAACAUCACUGUCGACACUGUGGCCGUCUGCUGUGUGCCAAAUGCUCCACCCAUGACAUCCCCAUCGUCAAGUACAACCUCACCAAACCGGUGCGCGUGUGCAACAUAUGUUUCGACGUUUUGAGCCUCGGAGGAAAUUUCUGAUCAGGAAACCCAAAAAAAAAAAAAAAAAAAACACAACAACAACAACAACACAAAAACAAAAAAAAAAAAAAAACAACAAAAACAA